AUGAAUAAAGAUUUAAUUAUUGUACGGCAAACAACAACAAGUUUACGUGAUUGUAAAGUUUGUGGAGCAUCAGCUCGUUAUUCUUAUUAUGGAGCGAUUGUCUGUCAGUCAUGUAAAAUGUUCUUUCGACGCCAUGGAUUAACUGAACAGACACUAAAUAAAUGUGUGUAUGAUAAUAAAUGUGAAAUUAAUAUAAGCAAUCGUCGGAAAUGUUUACCAUGUCGACUUGCUAAAUGUUUUGCUAAUGGAAUGCAUACCGAAAUGUUAAGAUCUUGUCAUUCUCAUAAUAAUACUCUAACUAAAAAGAGAAAAUUAAUUGAUGGUACAAUAUCGAUAAUAUCAACACCUGCACAGAUAAUAAAUAAAACAUCUCCACCUGAACAGAUUUCAACUUUAUCUUAUGAUCAAUGGAAUCUUCUUUCAACAUUAGUUUAUUCGUUUGAUGAACAUAGUCGUUAUUCAUUAGCUGAACAAUUUAUCGAAGAUCAAAAUACAUUACCGGUUAAGUUACGAUUCAAACAUUCGAUAGUUACUGAUUUUUUUACAUCAGUUAUGAGUAGAAUUCAACUUGUAUAUGAAAAACAUCGUGAUAUUCUUUCAUUAUCUCAUGAUGAUCGUAGUAUUUUGUUUCGAAAAACAGUUGAAUAUACAUCGAGUAUAAGUGGAAUCUAUAUCUUACGACAAACAAAAUUAUUAGAUGAUUUUACUUUUUCAAAAUCUUCGGAAAUUAUUUUUCAACCAAUUGGAAUGAUUUUUAUAAAACGUAUUAUUGAUCAACUUGAUCAUAAUGAUACAUUUAUUAAAUUAAUAUUUGCAGUUAUUGCUUUUUCAACAAUAAAUUAUACAGUUUAUAGGCAAUCGACUUCAAUGAGUUUAAUAAAUAUUAAAUCAAUUUUGUCUAUACAAGAUAUAUAUGUUAAAUUAACAUGGCAAUAUCUAUUAAAUCAAUGUAAUCAUACUCAAGCUGUUUUACGUUUUACAAAAGUAAUACGAUGUUUACUUCUAGUUAUUAGUAUGACUGUUGAAGCACAUGAAUCGAAAGAAUUUACUAAAAUGAUUAAUUCUGUUAUUGAACAAACUCAACAAACAUUUUGUUAUUAA